GAGUAACAGAGAAGUUUCUCACAAAAUAUCAGAUGUGUCAUUUUAAGCUGAAAAUGGCUACAAGCAAUAGUCCAAAGCUCUGCUCAGUCCAAUAACAAUCUGCUCGCUGUUACUAUAUUUUGUAGGGGCACACAACUGCUAGCGUGCCGUUCGUGGUGUGAGGAGGUCCUCAAAAUGGCCGAUGACCGGAUGAAGGACCAGCUCCCUACCUGUGACUUGUUUCCGUCACCACAACACGGUUGUUGGAACCUUAAACCAGAAUGGAAGAACAACGAAUUUUGCUAUCAUGGCAACGGCAUGAACUACCGUGGUAGAUCGAGUAAAACUAUAUCCGGGGCAGAAUGUUUGGAGUGGUCCGAUGCGCAGGCUGGUUUCUACACGACAAAGUACCCCUGGGCUAACUUGGUGAACAACUACUGCCGCAACCCUACCGGUCACGAGCGGCCAUUUUGUCUUGUGAAAGAUGGCAGACAAGAAGACUGUGACCUUAUUCCAUGCAAUGAAAACGGUUGCUGGGACAUGGGUCCUCCAACCAACGGCAUCAGAGUCCCUGCCAAGAGGUUCUACAACGUGGGAGAAAGGGUAACUUACACCUGCAACGAAGGGUACAACCUUGAUUUUAGGCAUACCAGCAGGGUGACAUGCUUCGAAGAUGGCACCUGGCAAUAUGACAAACCCAGCUGUUCUGUGGACAUCAGCGGUAAACUGGAAGAGGACUUACUCAAUGGGUACAGUGAAAGCCAGCCACCUGAUACUGAGAGGGGGGGUCACACUAUUAUCGUCUUCAAUGGAACUGUGGAAGAGGUCAUCGACCUGGACGAAAAGAAAGAGCGUCUGGUUGCCUCUCUAGUCAUCGACUUCACAUGGCGGGACAGCAGACUGGAGUGGAAGCCAAAGUACUUCGGAAAUAUUGAAACCCUCAGCGUCGUGGGCAGCAGCAUCUGGACCCCUACUUUUACACUGAAGAGGACUGCUGAUCCUUUGUACCGAGGCCUGCCAGAUGACGUACCUGUCUUGAUCAGCUCCAAUGGUACAGUUAGAUGGAGGGUAGAGACCCUGACCAGCACCAUCUGUAUUACACAUCCGUUUUUCUUCCCUGCUGACACCAUGGAAUGCCACAUCUGUUUCUCUGUUCUCCCAGCAAUUGAUCAAACCGUCGGAUGCGGUGGGAGCAGUUCCUGCGACGUCUGGUCUCCCCCACAACAGGAGGGCGAAUGGAACCGGAAGGACAAGAUCUUCGCUAAAGGCAACAAGGAGGCGUGCUUCGCUGUUCAUCUGGAGAGGAUCCCGCUGUUCCACAUCGCCACUACUAUCGGGCCCUGCGCCAUCCUGGUGGUGCUGAUGACCAUCACCUUCAUCAUGCCCAUAGACAAGGGAGACCGGAUCUCCUUCGGAGUGACCAUCCUGCUAUCUAUGGUCGUGUCUCUCGUGUUUGUCACUGAGGUACUUCCUGUCAAGGGAGACCUGCCUUUUUUGGCUACUCUGAUUGUCGUGUGCUUGGGGCUUAUGGGACUUUUCCUGUUCUUCACCAUCUACAUCAUCACCAUUCACGGCAAGAAGGGGAGACUGUCUCCAAUGGCGAAGGCUUUCUUUCUCCACUACAUGGCAAAGUUCCUGCUGCUCGGAGACCUCACAGAGAAGGAGGCUGCGAGCGAAGAUGGAGAGGCCGGCCUGGCCAUCAGGACGCUGGCCUAUCGUGAGCGGACCGACCGCGACGUCCCUGUUGAUGGCAUGGCUGAGGUCGACGGGAAAAGCCAGCCUGCUCUUUCCGAGACAAUCCGGCAUCUGUCCGGACCGCUCACACGCAUGGAGACCGCCAUGUCUUCUGGCUUCAGGGACCUGAUCCGCAUCAUUGAGGAGCAGGCAAUUAACGACGAACAGGAGAGUUCCGACUACACCCUGUUGGCCAGGGUCCUGGACAGGCUAUGCCUUGUUCUGUACGUCAUCAGCAUUGCCGUGGCCGUGCCUAUGACCAUGCAUCUGGGCACGUAAAAAUAGCGUUCAAACUUAAGGGCUCUGUGGAUACGCCUGAGUACAGCCACUGCCUAACUGUAUUAUGAUUAUAGAAAAAAAACAAAACAUGUUUUUGCUGACCAGUGUUUUUUUUUUUUAAUUUCUUCUUCCUCUUCUGUCAGGAACCAAUCAUAGCUUAGAACCGUUGUGAACCAAUUAGAGCUCAGAUCUGCAUCAGCAUUUUUUACUUGCACACAAUAUUAUAAAGCGAGCCUAAUGGUAUUGUACAAUAAUUUUACUGACCUGGUCCAAAAUCAAGUAGAUGUAGAGUGGCUCUUUUGUUACUCGCACACAAUGCUAUAGGCCCUGGGCGAGCCUAAUUGCACAGUAUACUAUGCGAGUAGUUUGCAAAAAGCUACUUAUACAGGGGAAACAUUCUGUAUUUUCGCAAAAAAGGUUGUCUUUAUUACUAGCUGUUAUUCUUUUACUUCAGCUUUGAAUGAUCCAUAUGUAUGGCCAGAGCUGCCGAACAUUUACAAAGGGUUAGUCCUUUAAGAACCAAUACAGGUAAAGUAAAAUACACAUUCGAUUGAAGUCUUUAAAAUAAGCAAUAAUGUGAAAGCGUGUAAACCUAUGGAGCGUAUAAUACAGACCAGAUGUUGUAUCAUUCUCCUACGCAGAGACAUCCAAC